AUCCCUGAUAGCCCACUACCUCACCAUAUCAGAAAACGAACUUCUUACCGCAAUUACCAUAACACCCCCCACCUUCCUCCUCAGUUCAUCGAUUCACCCCAAUUCGGUUGGCAUUCAUCAUUCUUCUUCGGUUUGAAUCCUCUUUAUCUCAGAUCGGCAUCCCUCAAUUACCCAUCGGCCCGGACGAUUCUACGGCUGACAUCGACACCGACAACCAUAGGUACAUACAUACAUACUAUGCUUUGUGGUGUGCUUACGCUUCACAGUCUGUUUUUGGUGAAGCCCAAACCUAUAGACGAUCAAUGUUUGGAUCGGCGAUGGAAUUGGUUUAAGGGGUGUCUAGGAGCAUUAGAUGGAACGUAUAUUAAUGUACGAGUGCCUAUUGCCGAUGCCCCUCGUUAUCGGAAUCGGAAGGGUCAAAUCACAACAAACACACUAGCCGUGUGUGAUCCACAGCUUCAGUUCAUUUACGUCCUACCUGGUUGGGAAGGAUCUGCGGGCGAUUCAAGGAUUUUACGAGAUGCAAUAAGUAGCCCACUCGGUCUCAAAGUGCCUAAAGGUUGCUACUACCUUUGUGACAAUGCAUAUGCAAAUGCUGAAGGCUUUGUGACACCAUAUAAAGGAGUUCGUUAUCAUCUAAAGGAAUGGAGCCCAGGUAGACAAACACCCCAGACACCGGAAGAGCUGUUCAAUUUAAGACACACAAAGGCCAGGGACGUCAUUGAACGAUCAUUUGCUGUUCUAAAGAUGCGUUGGGGUAUUCUAAGAUCUGCAAGUUUCUACCCGAUCGAUGUGCAGUCUGGGCUUAUUAUCGCGUGUUUCUUGUUACACAAUUUCAUACGAAGUCAAAUGGCGGUUAAUCCAGUUGAGGCGGAAUUGGAUAAUGAAGCCGAAAAUGAGGAUGAAAAUGAGAACGAAUAUGUGGAUGGUGAUCAUAUUAGUAGCGUUGAACCUUCAGCAUCAUGGAACAACAAAAGAGAUGAUCUUGCAAGAGAAAUGUGGGCCGAGAGAAACAAUAGGUAACCGUGGGCGAUCGGGAUGCAUUUGUAUGAGUCCUGCUUGAUGCACUAAGACAAUUUUGUUAUUUCCUUUCUUCUACACUACAUUCGGUAUGGAGCUUCUUGGUAGUUUGUUUUAGUUUUGGUAUGUUGUGUUGAAUGCUUUAUUUGAACCUCAUUUUUAUUUGA